UCAAUCAUCGCAGGCGACUUCAACGCCUCACACCAACUUUGGGAACCGGGCAGGGGCGCGGACCCGGCAGGCAACAAAAUCGCGGAAUGGGCGGAGAAGCACGAUCUCCUCCCAGCUCUAAUAGACACGCCCACCCGACACUCGGGAAAGUGCAUCGACCUGGUCUUCACAAACUGCCCUGCGUCAACCAGGGUCGAACACUCCCUCAACACAGGGUCGGACCACUACACAGUGAUCACGAACCUGCCCGAGCCCCUCAGGACAACCCCGGGGGCAGGGAAAAAAUACGUCCCGUUGGAAUGC